AGACCCAAACCAAAGAAGGCGAAGAGAGGGUUUUUGUCUCGCGGCGUGAGCGUGUUUUGUCUGUGUUGUGAGUGAGAGUGAAAGUCAGAGAGUAAUUGGGAAUUUCAAAUAUUGGUUAAGAAAAAAAGAAUAAGGGACCGUUGGGACUUGCUCGCGCCAUGGAGAAGGAGAAUGAGCUCCACGCCAAGACACUCAUCUGUGCCCUCAACCUUCUCUCGCGCGACCUACCUCUCCCCCCUCACAUCCUCAAUUCCGUCUCUUCCAUCUACCGCAACAAACAUGGUGAUGGGGGGAUUUCCAGAGAGGAUUUGAUGACGGAUCUUGAAGAUGCACUGUCAAAGCAGCGUCCAAAUUGUGUGUCUGGUUUCAAAUUGGAGCAAGCAAGGGAUAAUCGGUAUCGGAGUCAGGUUCAGCAUCGGUUAAAUGAGCUUCAAGAAUUGCCUUCAAGCAGGGGAGAGGACCUGCAGACCAAGUGCUUGCUUGAACUUUAUGGACUAAAGCUGGCAGAGUUGCAGAUGAAGGUUCGGUCUGAUGUGAGUUCUGAAUACUGGCUCAAUGCUAAGUGUGCAUAUCCUGACAGGCAAUUGUUUGAUUGGGGCAUGAUGAGGUUGCGCCGUCCAUUGUAUGGUGUUGGAGAUCCAUUUGCUGUGGAUGCUGAUGAUCAAUUAAGGAAGAAACGAGAGGCUGAGAGACUAUCAAGAUUAGAAGAAAAGGAGAAAAAUCAUAUAGAGACUAGAACAAGAAAAUUUUUUGCCGAAAUACUCAAUACUGUCCGUGAGUUCCAAUUACAAAUUCAAGCUUCUGUGAAGAGGAGAAAACAGAGGAAUGAUGGUGUCCAGGCAUGGCAUGGAAGGCAAAGGCAACGGGCAACUCGGGCAGAGAAAUUGAGAUUCCAAGCCUUGAAGGCUGAUGAUCAAGAAGCCUACAUGAGAAUGGUGAAAGAGAGUAAGAAUGAGAGAUUAACUUUGCUUCUUGAAGAAACAAAUAAACUACUGGUAAAUUUAGGAGCAGCUGUUCAACGUCAAAAGGACAACAAAUAUUCAAAUGGUAUUGAACCCUUGGAAGAUUCUGAAGCUGAUUUACUGGAGUCAGAUGCUUCUAAGAAUGGAGUUUCUAAGGAAUCACCUCUUGAUGAAGAUAUAGAUUUGAUAGAUUCUGAUCAUAAUGGUGAUUCUAGUGAUUUACUUGAAGGUCAGAGGCAAUACAACUCUGCCAUACAUUCAAUUCAAGAAAAGGUAACUGAGCAACCGUCUAUGCUUCAAGGUGGAGAAUUAAGACCAUACCAGAUAGAGGGGCUCCAAUGGAUGCUUUCUUUGUUUAAUAACAACUUAAAUGGAAUUUUGGCUGAUGAAAUGGGACUUGGGAAGACAAUACAAACAAUUUCGCUGAUAGCACAUCUUAUGGAACACAAGGGUGUUACUGGUCCCCACUUGAUUGUUGCUCCAAAGGCUGUGCUGCCAAAUUGGGUCAAUGAAUUCACAACAUGGGCUCCUAGCAUCACUGCUAUUCUUUAUGAUGGACGGCUGGAUGAGAGGAAAGCAAUGAAGGAAGAGUUGUCAGGGGAGGGGAAAUUUAAUGUUCUAUUAACGCACUAUGAUCUUAUAAUGAGAGAUAAAGCAUUUCUCAAGAAAAUUCAAUGGCAGUACUUGAUUGUGGAUGAAGGGCAUCGGUUGAAAAAUCAUGAGUCUGCUCUGGCAAGAACCUUGGACAAUGGAUAUCACAUCCAACGAAGACUUCUGUUGACUGGUACCCCAAUUCAGAACAGUUUGCAGGAGUUGUGGUCUUUGCUUAAUUUUCUCCUUCCAAACAUUUUUAACUCAGUUCAGAAUUUCGAGGACUGGUUUAAUGCCCCCUUUGCAGAUCGAGUUGAUGUCUCUCUCACAGAUGAGGAACAACUAUUGAUCAUCCGGCGUCUACAUCAAGUAAUAAGGCCCUUCAUAUUAAGAAGGAAAAAAGAUGAGGUGGAAAAAUUUCUUCCUGUGAAAUCUCAGGUCAUACUCAAAUGUGAUAUGUCAGCCUGGCAGAAAGUAUAUUAUCAACAAGUUACUGAUGUAGGCAGAGUUGGCUUGGACAAUGGUUCUGGAAAAUCAAAAAGUUUACAAAACUUAACAAUGCAACUCAGAAAGUGUUGUAACCAUCCCUACCUCUUCGUGGGCGAUUAUGAUAUGUAUAGACGUAAGGAGGAGAUUGUCAGAGCAUCAGGUAAGUUUGAACUUCUUGACCGUUUGCUCCCAAAACUUCGCAGAGCUGGUCACAGAGUCCUCCUUUUCUCACAAAUGACUAGACUUAUGGACACUCUCGAAGUCUACUUGCGACUUCAUGAUUUUAAGUAUCUUAGACUUGAUGGCUCAACAAAAACUGAGGAAAGAGGCAACCUUCUACGAAAAUUUAAUGCUCCUGACUCCCCGUACUUCAUGUUUCUUUUGAGCACCCGUGCUGGAGGUCUUGGUUUGAAUUUACAAACAGCAGAUACUGUUAUAAUCUUUGAUAGCGAUUGGAACCCACAAAUGGAUCAACAAGCCGAGGACCGAGCCCAUCGCAUUGGACAAAAAAAGGAAGUCAGGGUUUUUGUAUUGGUUAGUGUAGGAUCAAUUGAAGAGGUGAUUUUAGAGCGUGCAAAACAAAAGAUGGGCAUUGAUGCCAAAGUCAUCCAGGCAGGUCUUUUCAACACAACUUCAACAGCCCAGGACAGAAGAGAAAUGUUAGAAGAGAUUAUGCGUAGAGGUACAAGCUCACUUGGGACAGAUGUGCCUAGUGAGAGAGAAAUUAACCGCCUUGCUGCUCGAUCAGAUGAGGAAUUUUGGCUGUUUGAGAAGAUGGAUGAAGAGAGAAGACAAAAGGAGAACUACAGAUCUCGUCUCAUGGAAGAGCAUGAAUUGCCAGAUUGGGUGUAUUCUCCAAUGAACAAAGAUGAUAAGGCCAAAGAUUUCAACAGUGGUGUUACUGGAAAGCGGAAAAGAAAAGAAGUGGUAUAUGCAGAUACAUUAAGUGAUCUGCAAUGGAUGAAGGCUGUGGAGAAUGGGGAAGACAUAUCAAAGUUUUCAGGUAAAGGAAAAAGAAGAGACCACCACUCAUCUGACAGCAUUGCACAAGCCAGUGAUAAUACAGGAGCAGAAGAAAGUUUAGAGUUGAAGACUGAAAGUGUUCCCAUGGAAAAUGAGCGAACAAGUGAAGAUAGUUUCCAUGUGACCCCUCCCGCAAAGAGAUUCAAUCCUGAAGGAACAUUCCUGAAACAGACAUACGAGGAUGUUGGAAGUGGUUUGAAUCACCAUUUGUUAUCAUGGAAUACUCACAAAAAGAAAAGGUCAAGCUUUCUUGGCCAAGGUUCAUUAUCUGAAACUAGAGGGCAUUCUUCAAAUGGAAGAGCAAACUGGAACUGAUUUGAGUUUAAUUUGUCAUGGCCAAUGGGUGCCAGAAUUUUGCACACUAUUGAAUAUGAUUCUGCAUGAAGCUCUUCUAACAAAAAAAAAUGAUAAGGAACUUUCAUGUAUUAUGCUAGAGUCUUCUCUGAAGUAUGCAACAUCAAUAUUUGACUUAAAAAAAUUAAUGAAAGAAAAUAUUCAAGGUUAAGUUAUACUCUA